AUGCGUUUUGCCAUCGAAGAAAUCAACAACUCGACCUUUCUGCUCCCCGGCGUCAUGCUGGGCUAUGAAAUCCACAACACCUGCAACAACCCGGCGGUGGCCACCAAGCCCACCUUGUCCUUCCUCUCCAAGUACCCCGGCAACCACGGUGUGGAGGUGCAGUGCAAUUACACCAACUACAAGCCCCGAGUCAUCGCCGUCGUCGGCCCUGACAAUUCAGAUCUGAGUGUGCUGGUGGCCCGGCUCUUGAAUUUCCUUUCCAUCCCGGAGAUUAGUUUCGCCAGUUCCAGCGAUCACCUGAGCGACAGAACUCUUUUCCCAAGUUUUUUCCGAACUGUCCCCAGCGACAGAAGCCAAGUCAAUGCCAUGGUUCAGCUCCUGAGCAAGUUCAGCUGGAACUGGGUGGCCGCCUUCGCCACCGACAACGAAUACGGCCGCCAGGCGCUGCUCAUCUUCGUCCAACUGGCCCUCUCGAAGGAUAUGUGUGUGGCGUACGAAGCCAUUCUCCCAAGCGACGUGGAGGAGUGGAAGAGAGAAGAAAAGCUCUCCAAGAUAGUGGGCCAGCUCCAGAGGUCCAACAUCAACGCCACCGUCAUCUUUGCGCAACCGAAAGAAGCGGAAGAACUGCUGAGGGUGGUGGUCGAAAGAGGCAUUACUGGCAAAGUGUGGAUAGCCAGCGAGUGCUGGGCAACCUCGUCCAACAUUGCGCGGAUUCCAAACCUGGAGAGCAUUGGCACCAUUGUCGGGUUGGCUUUAAGAGGCGGGGAGAUAGCUGGCUUUCCUGAAUACAUACACAAGGUCCUGGCAGAUCCUGGGGAGAAGCGUAACAGCUCCAUCCUCACUGAGGAGGAUGAGCAGUGUCCUGAAUGCAGGUAUCUAACCCUUGCCAACUUCUCCACCACCGUCAAACACUCCAAGUUCUAUUCCACGCUCAGCACCUACAAAGCGGUCUACGCCAUCGCCCAUGCUCUCCAUCGGCUGCUCCGCUGCAGCGCUACCAGCCAGAAGUGCAACAUGAAGCACGAGGUCUACCCUUGGCAGCUCCUGGAGGAAGUAGCCAGGGUCAACUUCACGGUCAAUUCUCAGCCGGUUAAUUUCAGCCCCACAGGAGAUCUACCGACAGGUUACGAUCUGAUUUUUUGGGAAGAGACCACGCCUGGCAACCACGAGUUUGUCGUCGUCGGCAGCUAUGACCCCCAGCGGUCUCAGCUCAGCGUCAAUGCAGCUAGGAUCAACUGGAGCACGGAAAACAGAAAGAGCACCGCAUGCAAGGACAGGGCGUUUGAGUACCUGGAGGUGAGCGACACCCUUGCCAUCGCCAUGGUGGCCUUGACCAUGUUGGCCAUGGCCCAGAUGGCUGCUGUCACCGCCAUUUUUGCCAAGCGUCGCGGCACCCCAGCCGUGCGCUACGUCGGCGCCUUCCCCAUGCUCUUGAUCGUCCUCUCCUCAAUGUGCUUCUGCAGCAGCUUCUUCUUCUUCGUCAUCAAGCCCUCCGAGGCGGUCUGCAAGCUCCGCCAACCCCUCUUCUUCCACAGCUUCACCCUCAGCUUGGCCACUCUGCUGGGCAAGGUGGUCCAAAGCUCGGGGCUCGACCGGGCCUUGAAGAGGCCUUGGCUGAGGAAGCAUCUGAUGGGCGCCUGCGUCCUCCUGAACACAGCCAUCCAUUGGCUCCUGGUGAUCCUGUGGUUUAGGCUGAACCCUCCUUCUUUGGAGGAGAGCACCGAAUUGGAGAGGACCAUCCUGCUGCAAUGCGAGGACAGCUCCUUCCCAGGGUUUAGCUUGCUUUUGGCCCACGACUAUGGCCUGGCGGCGGUCUGCUGGCUCUGCUGCUUCGCAGGCCACAACCCGGAGCGAAAGGGCAACAACGCGGCCAGCUCCAUCCGCUUCAGCAUGGUCCUCAUUCUCAUCAUCUGGACGCUCUUCCUGCCCGCCUACGCCACCUCCCAAGGGAAAUUCGUCGCCUUGUUCCAGGUCUUCGCCGGCUUGGCCAGCCUCUUUGCCAUCUUUGGCCCCUGCUUCUAUCCAGUGUGUUACGUCGUGCUCUUUGCGCCCCACAUGAACACAGAUGCCCACUUCUGCAGCCGGCCCCGGGACCUUCCUGCAGAUGAGCCGAAUGGCACAGAAACCAAGUAA